AUAGUGAUAAUCGACCGUACUACGCUCAGUUAUCGUCUUAGUAAAUAUUCUCCAUCAAAAUUUGAGAAUUAACUUUGAGUAAUUCUUUUCUGGUUGUUUCAUUCGACUUCAGCUAGCCGGAUGCGUUCCGUCGGUUUAUGGACGGGACUGCAGAUAUGAGCAAGAGGGAAGAGAAUAUGGCUAAAUGGUUUACGCAAGCCAUCAAAGACCCAGCAGCCCGCGUCCUCGUAGUCCGAGACGAGAACAGCGGCUACAUCAUCAGCUAUGCACAGUGGGAACUCCCGAAAGACAAGAAUGAAGUCCCCUCUGCGCUCCCAGAAACGGAGGAGGAAAAAGCGAAAAUCCGCGAAAACAGGGCGGCACGCGUACGUUCUGGUCAGAACGGACCGUUGUUGCAAGAAUGGUGGUCCAAUCUGGACGUGUUACAGACGACAUUCGGUACUGAGCCGCUUUACUACCUCAAUGCUUUGAAAACAAUCCCUUCACACCGUGGUAAGGGACUUGCAUCACAACUUGUGAGGCGGCUCAUCGACGAAGCGGACGAGAAAGGCAUGAGGGUCGGACUUUACACCAAUGGAGACGGUAAGGCAAAGCUUUUGUACGAACGACUAGGCUUUGUGGAGGCCGGACGGUUCGAAAUAAAACUGGGAGACUUUGGUGGAGAAGGCAGACAUCUUGAGCUGUCAAUGAUUAGGAACCCCACGACGGAAGGAGGUAAUGAGGUCAAAAAUGUGAAAUGAGUGGCGUUAACAACACGAGUGGCCUUGAGACAGGAACUGUGUGCGCUCUGCCCUUCAGAACGUGCACAUGGAACAAAGAAAACCCUUUCAUGCUUGUGACUGUCUGGGAUAUCCUACAAGACAGACGAGCGUUAGUAAAGGUUGAGCAAACUAUAACUAUGAGUCCCAAAUGUAUUCUCCGCUUUGGAGUUCAAAAUUAAUAAACCAAUGAUGUCGCUGGUUGCGGGAGCCUCCGGCCUUAGUUUUCGCU